AUGGGUUUUCUUCGUGUUCUGCGCAGCGUCUACGACGUCGACACGCUCGACACCCGCUUCACGACCCCGUCCACGGUCCCCUACCGGGCUGCCGUCGCAGACCGCUACGACAAUGGCAACGACUCGUCCGUGGCGGCUGACGACAGCAAGAUCUCGUCGGUCAGGGCCGAGAUCAGCAAGCGGGCAGAACCGUCCAAGUGGCGGUCACCCGAGUACUUGCUCUACAUCAUCCUCAUCUCCAUCGCGAUGCCAUUCAUGUUCUGGAUUCCAUACAGCGUAUCAAGGCCCCCGCUGACCGCAGAAGCAUCCGAUCCUCGCUACUCCAAGUACGAGUCGAAGCUCGCACCCGGAUGGAUUCCUGGCCGAAAAAUUGACAUCUCCGACUCGCAGUACCACACUUUCCGCACGAACCUUCCCUUCAUGGCCAUCCUCCUCGUCUUCCAUCCCCUCCUGCGAAGAGGCUGGAAUGCAGUCAAUCCGAAUCGGCAAAAGGCGACGUCACCGUCGGCACGUUCCCCCAUGCCGGCCACCGAGCAGGCGGAUGCGCGCCUGCAGCAGCGCCUGUCCUUUGACCACGCCUUUGCUUAUGUCUUCCUUGUCGCCCUGCACGGCAUCUCCGCCGCCAAGGUGCUGCUGAUCCUCUACAUCAACUACAACAUUGCCACGGCACUGCCGCGGCGCUACGUGCCGGCGGUCACCUGGCUCUUCAACAUCAGCACGCUCUUUGCCAACGAGCUCGCCAGCGGCUACAGGCUGGCCAACGUGGCCUCCCUGCUGACGACCGGUUCGUGGCAGACGGCGAUGUGGCAGGGCGAUGGUGCCGUCGACGGCUCGCUGGUCCAAUGGGGACACUGGCUGGACAGCUUCGGCGGUGUCAUGUCGCGCUGGGAGGUGCUGUUCAACCUGACGGUGCUGCGGCUGAUCAGCUUCAACAUGGACCACUACUGGAGCCGGGCCAGCCGUGGUUCCAGCACGCUAGAGGUGAGAAACACUCCGGCAAGCUCACGCUCUCUAUUCGACACUGACGCUCCAAAGAAGAAGCAGCUCGAUCCCGCGAACCUGUCGGAGCGCGACCGCGUGUCCAUCUCGGCACAGCCCCAGGACUUCUCGUUCCGCAACUACCUCGCGUACAUCGUGUAUGCGCCACUAUACCUGACCGGACCCAUCAUCACGUUCAACGACUUCAUCAGCCAGGCACGCUACCGGUCCGCCACCAUCGAGACCCGGCGCACGCUGCAGUACGCGGUGCGGUUCCUGUUCUGCCUGCUGGCCAUGGAGCUGGUGCUGCACUACGACUAUGUCGGGGCCAUCUCGCAGGCCGCGCCGCUCUGGUCGUCCUACACGCCGGCUCAGCUGUCGCUGCUGUCGUACUUUAACCUGCACGUGAUCUGGCUGAAGUUGUUGCUGCCCUGGCGGCUCUUCCGCCUGUGGGCGCUGCUGGACGGCGUCGACGCGCCCGAGAACAUGCUGCGCUGCGUCAGCAACAACUACAGCACGCUCUCCUUCUGGCGCGCCUGGCACCGGUCCUUCAACCGCUGGCUGGUCCGCUACAUCUGGAUCCCGCUGGGCGGCUCCAACUUCCGGUCCUGGCGCGGCGUCGUCCGCUCGCUGCUGACGUACGUGCUCGUCUUCACCUUUGUCGCGCUCUGGCACGAUAUCCAGCUGCGCCUCCUCAUCUGGGGCUGGCUGGUCGUCCUCUUCUUCGUGCCCGAGGUCGCCGCCACCUACCUCUUCCCCCGCCGCCGCUGGGAAGCCCAUCUGACCGCCUACCGCAUGCUCUGCUGUGCCGGCGCCGUCAUCAACGUCCUCAUGAUGAUGAGUGCCAACCUCGUCGGCUUUGCCGUCGGCUGGGACGGCCUCCAGAACAUCAUCUACGGCAUCCUGCACGACUGGCCCGGCGUGCUCUUCUUCGUCGUCGCUUGCAGCGUCCUCUUCUUUGGCGUGCAGGUCAUGUUUGAGAUCCGCCAGACUGAGCUUCGGAGGGGAAUCUUGCUGAAGUGCUGA